CAUCCGUCUCCGCCAUAUCGGUGCACACAGAUUCGCAGAGCGUAAAAUUAAAAUGGUGAUUUGUGCCGUUAAAGGUUGUGAUACUCGAAGUGGAAGGUUCAGUUGUAAAGAUAUUUCUUUAUUUCGAUUGCCAAAAGUUAGGUACAAUCAAGGAGAGAGAGAUCGCGAGUUAUCUGAGCGUAGACGCCGUCAAUUUCUGAAAAACAUUUAUCGAAGCGGCAUCAAUGAAAAAGCUAUAAAUAACAUGCGAGUUUGCUCACGACACUUUGUUUCAGGUAAGCCAGCAAACUUCAGAGAUGAGAAAAACAUAGACUGGGCCCCAACUGUUGCUCUGGGACCUAAAUAUGUCACUGAAGAAAAAAGAUGCGACAGGGUCUUACGGAGCCAGGUAAAGAAGCAGAAAAAACGGAGAGGAAAGAAGGAGGGUUGUAAGUUAAAUAAACAAUGCGGAAGCAAGCAGGGAGCAUCCAGUUCUCAUUUGGAUGAUGAUGUAGAUUCAAGUCAGCAAAGUGAAACUGUGGUACCAACAGCACUAGUUAUUAGCAAGCGACAAAAUGGAGACAAACGAGCUUUACAUAUAUUUGGGAUAAAUCAAAAAAUCGUUGAUGAUAAUGAUGAAAUGGAAUCUUCAGCUGAUAAUACAAGCAUCCUUAACAAUGUAAAGACAUUUGGAACUCAUACAGAACACCCAUACUCUGUGAGUGUAAAGGCAUUUGAAACUCAUACAGAACACCCAUACCCUGUGAGCAUUGUUAAGGUGAAGCAUAAAGAAAAAGAUGAACAAGAUAGUGCCAGUUUUGAAAUGCCAGAUUGUAGUUUGGUUAAAGAAAAUGUGAUUUGUUCAAAUAACUUUUACUGUACCAGACCAACCUCAUUGUUAGAAGAAUUUAAUGGAAAUACAUCAAAAGAAAAAGAGAGCCUGUACACAAGUACAAAGCCGAAGCCUGUUACUGACAUACCCAAAACUGUCUUAAAAACUGAGAUUAAAACUGAACUUGAUGAUGAACAAUCUGACGAUAGCAUGAGCCAGGAGCCAUGUGAAACAUGGGUUAAAAAUGAAGAAAAUGGUGCAAUGUAUAGUGUCUUCAAAUGUGCAUGAUGUUGAGCCUAUCAACAAGAGUGAGAGUCCACACACAAAUGGGUGUUUAGAUAGUUGAACGAUGAUUAUUUUGCCUUGUGAAUGAAGGAAAAGAAACAGAGUGACUUUUUGCUUCAAGGAUCUUACAAAUUCAAAUGUCCCUGCUCAGAGUACCAUAUGUAGCAAGAAAAGAAAAAUGUAUACCAUAAUCUUCAGCAACCCUUAACCAUUAGACAGUUUUUCACAAAUGGUGUUAAUUUAAUUCUAGCAGAAUGCAGAAUUGUUUAUUGUUUAAGAAAACAUAAACAAGUCGGAUGAAAUUUAAGAAGAGGAAGCCGUAUGGCUUCUAGAAAAAGUACAAUAAAGUACCUCACAGGAGAUAAAGAGAAUGUACACAUUUUCUGAAGGAAAUUAAAAUAUUAAAAUGAAAGCUUUUUUAUAUAGGAAAAGAAUGCUUAUAACAUAAAUACUGAAAAUGUGUACAUUUAAUUAGAAAUUAUUUCUUGACAGGCUAGAAGCAAUUUGACAGAUAUUUAAAAAGAGCAUAUUUCAAAAAAGCUUUAAUCAAAGAACAAUGGACCAUUUAAUUAGAGUUUUAAAAUAGGCUUUGUCCGCUCCUAAUUAUUUAUAACUUGACUAGAUAAUCCUUACAGUUUGAGAAAAUGCAACUCAGUUCAAUUUUCAGCUAGUUUUGCAGCCUGAAUCAAAAUGUAUUAUUUUGUUAUUUUUAUUUAGUGAAACUCACAAAUACAAUUACAAUGUAUAUUUUCAUCUGCAAUCAGUCAUUUUUAUCUCUCAUGUCCCAAAGUGUUUUCAUAAAAACAAACUGAUGGUAUCUUGUGGCUAAAAAUGUAGUCUUUCUUUCCUUGAUUUCAACAAGGACUAUAAUUAUGUCAUUAGUUUUAUUAAAUAAAUUUCAAUUGUUAUCUGCAUUAUUCAGUGUUUUAAUUUUUAUAUUUUUAUUUGAUUUUUCAUAUAUAAAUGAUUUAAAUGAUUAACUAACUGAAUUACCUUAAAAUAGCAAUUAAAGCACUAAAAGAACG